AACAUUUUGGAGGACAAAAACCAACUUGUACAUUUUUCUGCUCUUUGUAUGGAGCUCAUAACAACAGAAAUUAUGAAUGUCAAAGGAGUUUGUCCUGAAGAGGAAGCCUUACACUUCAUUGCUUCUGAGAAGGACAAAGACAUAUUUCAGAAGAAAUUCAUCAGUGAAGACAAAGGUUAUGGAGUUAUUGCCACCAAAAACAUUGAGCCAGGAGAAUUCCUACUGGAGUAUGUUGGAAGACAUAUUACUGGCUCUGAAGGAGAGGACCUGUAUAAAGUGUACUCAGCUGAAGAUGCAACAUUUUUGUAUUUYUACAACUUCCAAGGACAAAACUUCUGCAUUGAUGGCAGUAACGAUACAGCAAGACUUGGAAGAUUCAUAAAUGAUGAUCACAUCAAGCCAAACAGCAAAAUUAAAAUUUUAAGUAACACAGUCAGAAGUCACUUUGUAUUAAUUUAGUAACUGUUUCAUUUAACAAACUAACUGACUGAAAUCAUUUGUGUCUGUACCUUUAUGUGACUAACAGAUAUUGGAUGAGCAACAAAGACCACAUCUGUGUGCAUUUGCAAUCACAGAAAUUCUUGCAGGAGAAGAAAUUGUCUACAACUAUGAAAACUC